AUGGUGUUUUCCGGUGAAGUAGAAGACUACACGGCGACGAAGACGCGACGCGAGAGGCGCAAGACUCGUCACAACUUCACCCUCCCGGACUUGAAGUGGGGAGUUCAGCGAAGUCUCCGGUGCAUCAGUCUCCAAUCUCACGGCGGCGUUGAUAAUCGGAGAUCAUCGGAGAACGGCGGCGAGGAAGGGAUCGAGGAGUAUGGGGAGAAGAUCAUAUCGGAUGUUAGGACGGAGGCGGAGAAGAAGAUGAAGAAGUCGAUUCUCUGGGAGGUUUCUCCGCCGGGAGUAGCGGCGGAGGUGAAGCCGUGGAAUCUACGGAAGAGGAGAGCAGCUUGCAAGGCUCCUCCCGAACCUGAAAACUGCAACGAGGUGAAGUUCGUGUCGACGUUGUUGAAGAAAGAGAUGGAAGAUGAUUACAUGAUACUUAUCAAAAAAAAAAGAAGAUGA